CGCAGGAAAUGUCAAAAUGCCCCUAGAAGAAGAAAUUAGUAAUUUUAAGGACAAAUUAAUAGAUAUUGAAGAGGAAAUCAAACGUCAAGUUGCUGAAAGAUUGUCAAAAUAUGAUUUGACAUUGAGCAUUGUAGUAGCUGUGUCGAUUGCAAUAAUAACAACACUUGUGAUUCUUGUGUUUGGACUAUGGAAGUUCAGACAAAGACUCAGAGUGGCCCAGCAGAGCCAUGGAAGUGGACACAAGAAGUACAGGUUCCGCAAGAGAGACAAGGUUCUCUUCUUUGGCAGAAAAAUGCUCAGGAAGGUGAGCAGUUUCUCUCGGAACACCAUAGGGCUGGGCCAGGGUAAAGGUCGUGGACAGAUGAACAGAAAGGAAAUAAUGAUUCUAGCAAAAAAGUUCUCUAAAAUCCUACGGCUGAAGAAGGAUCCAUCCCAGCCAAUGUUACAAAAGAAAGGACCUCCCAAGUCGUUCUUUGAGGAGGACGGGGCCGAGUUUGAAGACGGGGACCACAGAAUCCCCUCCGAGGUCCUGUAUAUGCUUCGCAGUGUCCGGGUGUUUGGUCACUUUGAGAAGCCGCUGUUUCUGGAGCUAUGUCGCCACAUGGAGAGCAAGUUUGUCCCGGCUGGCAGCUACCUGUUCAGAAUUGGCGACCAGGAUGACUGUAUAUAUGUUGUACAGAGUGGCAAGAUCAAUGUCUACAUUUCUGAAGGGGGUAGUGAUUACCUUGUGAAGGAGGUUGGGACUGGAGACAGCAUUCACAGUCUGCUCAGUAUCCUUGAUUUUAUCACGGGAAAGCCUCAGCCAUACAAGACGGUGUCAGGUCGUGCAGUUGUGGACUCCACCAUUUUAAAGCUCCCAGCGUCUGCAUUCCAGUCUCUGUUCCACAGAUUUCCAGAGUCUCUUGUCAGAGUGGUUCAGGUGAUUAUGGUUCGGCUCCAGCGGGUGACCUUCACUGCCUUGCACAACUACCUGGGGCUGAGUAGUGAACUCAUUAACAGGCGCUGUGACAUAGAGCUGAAGACCUUAUCUAUCCACGCUAUAAGCUCUCAGGCAGCCAGUCGCUUUGGGGGUUACAGUAGCAUGGGUAUGUCUGAGUCUGAGGGGGAGAGAAGCGAUGUACCUGGGGAAAGGAACACUUCACAAGUCCGUGUCCAGACCCCCAGCAUGACAGAGGAUGAGGGAAAGAAAAGCAUAACAGACUUUGAAACUGCUUGUCUCAGGGCCAGAGUUAAGGGAGGUCCUAGUUCAUCAUCUUUUACAAAACAGGAUGAAGGUGAUCCCAGCACAUCUCCUUCCAAUUCCCAUAUAAAGCUAAAGCGACAUUCAAUGCCCAUAACAUCCACAGAAGCGAAGGCAGUGUCCAGAGAGAUGUCCAGAGAGCAAAGAGAGGCCACACUCACAGAGAGCAGGGAAUCUUUCUCUGAUGAAACCAUCCUAGAAAUGGCCAAGAAAGAUUUAGUCAAGAUUCUCAAAAUUGAAAGUGAGGACUACCUAGAUGGGAAGGUCCACUUGCACACAUACAGAGCUGGAACAACUCUCCUCAAACAGGGAGAUCAGGAUGCCUCCAUCAUGUUUGUCGUCAGUGGAAAGCUCAGUGUUCUUCAGCAUUAUGUAGGAGAAACAGCUAAGGAGGUUAAGCUGUUUUCCGCCCAGCCUGGUGAGAUUGUCGGAGCACUGGCUGUCCUGACAGGGGAACCAUCUUUCUUUACAAUACGGUCGAAAAUUGAUUCUCGUGUUGUUACCAUCUCCAAGUCAGACUUCUACCUGAUUAUGCGAGAACAGCCCUCAGUUGUGCUGAAUGUAGCGUCUACCACCCUCAUACGAUUGACACCGUUUGUUCGUCAAAUUGACUUUGCCCUUGACUGGAUGAUGAUAGAAGCAGGAAGGGCUCUCUUCAGACAAGGUGAUCACUCCGACUCCAUCUACAUAGUGUUAACAGGGCGUCUUAGGACGGUUAUCACACUAUCAGGGGGUAAAAAGGAGCUGGUUGGGGAAUAUGGACGAGGGGAGCUUGUUGGAAUUGUCGAGGUUCUCACACAGCAGGAGAGAGUCACAACAGGAAUUGCUGUCAGAGACACAGAACUGGCCAAGCUUCCAUCAGAGUUGCUUAAUGUGAUCAAAAGGAAGUACCCCCAGGUUGUCACCAGGCUUAUACAUUUGCUGGGUACCCGGAUUAUUGGGAAUAUGAGAAAUAAGGACACACUUCAUAUCUCAGAGAGUAUGACCAAUGGUGGGGAGACGAGGGGUUCAGUGACAAACCUAGCUACUGUGGCUAUACUGCCCGCCUCCAGCGAUGUACCCCUCACUAAUUUCACACUGGAAUUGCAACAUGCACUCAAGGCCAUAGGUCCUGUGACGAGGUUUACCAGCGAGAUAGUAAAGCGCUGGCUUGGAGUUGGAGCGCUAGACACUACAUACAAACAAGGCAUAUUUGAGGAACUUCAGAUAAAUGUGAACGAGUUCCGACUGUUUAGCUGGCUUGGACAGCAGGAAGAUAUUCAUCGUAUGAUCUUGUACCAGUGUGACUAUACCAUGACUAAGUGGACAAAGAUGUGUAUACGUCAGGCGGACGCCAUUCUCAUUGUAGGCAUGUCUGGAAAUGACCACAAAGUUGGAGAGUUGGAACAACAAAUGGAGACAAUCGAUGUACGCGCCCAAAAGGAGCUAGUGUUGCUGCACCGAGAAGAUGCAGAUUACCCGCGGGGAACUGUGGAUUGGCUAAAUGCCCGUGGGUGGUGCUCUUCCCACCAUCAUAUACGUUGUCCAAAAAGAGUCUUCAGUAAACGAUCAUUAGCUAAAAUGAUGGAGGUUUAUGAUGAGCUUCAAAAGACAGAGGCAGACAGGAUGUCGGACAUGAGUAGACUGGCCCGUUUCCUGACGGGGACAAGUGUUGGCCUCGUGCUAGGUGGGGGUGGGGCAAGAGGAAUAGCCCACCUGGGAAUAAUACGGGCGAUGCAGGAUGCCCAUAUUCCUAUUGACAUUGUGGGCGGGACAAGUAUCGGGUCGUUUAUGGGAGCCGCGUGGUGUGAGGAAGUCAAUAUGACCCGAUUCAUACAGAAAACACGCGAGUGGUCCAUGAUUAUGACAUCAAUUGCCAAGAAGAUCUUCGACCUCACAUAUCCAGCUGCCUCAAUGUUCACAGGGGCGUCUUUCAAUGAGGGUAUAGAGGCAACAUUUAAGGACCGUCAGAUAGAGGAUUUGUGGAUCCCGUUCUUCUGUAUCACCACCGACCUCAACUCAUCACAGAUGAGAGUUCACACACAUGGUUCCCUAUGGAGAUAUGUGCGUGCCAGUAUGUCACUAGCUGGCUAUCUGCCGCCACUCUGUGAUCCAGUGGAUGGACACUUGCUACUGGACGGUGGAUAUGUUAACAACUUACCAGCCGACGUGAUGCGUAGUUUUGGAGCCCAGUCAAUAUUUGCUGUUGACGUUGGCAGCCAAGAUGACACUGAACUGACAAAUUACGGGGACAAACUGUCGGGAUGGUGGUUGCUAUGGAAACGCUGGAACCCUUGGGCUGAACCAGUCAGGGUCCCCGAUAUGCAGGAGAUUCAGUCGAGACUCGCGUAUGUCAGCUGUAUACGGCAGCUGGAGAUUGUCAAGAACAGUGACUACUGUGAAUACAUUAGGCCGCCUAUAGACAAGUACGGAACACUUCAGUUUGGCUCCUUCGAUGAAAUACAGGAGGUAGGCUACAACCACGGAAAGACAAUGCUGUCAGGCUGGGAGAAGGGUGGACUCAUCAAGCAGCUUUUCCAUGAGAAGAAAUCGAGCGAGCACAAGAUGCAUGCCGCCAGGCAGGACCAAGAUAUGCUCCAUCCCCACACUCCCAGGCUAGCGUAUUUCACAGACCUGGCAGAGCUUGUAUCCAAGAUAGAUGAACCACGCAGUUCUGAGUCCCUGUAUGAAGCGGAAGAUGAAGACUACUCAGACUCGUAUGAUGAAGACGAGGUGAUUCUGGACACCAAUCAGCAUGCCCAGGCCAAUGUUGAAACACUGACCAGCAAUGUCCCAAUCUUUGGACUACACGAUAUUCAUGAGGAUGAUGACGGAGAUGAAGCUGAUGACGACGAUGAUGAUGAUGACGAUGAUGAUCAGUAUGUUACUGAGAGCGAGGGAGAUGAAGAAGAAGAGAAUGAGAACAAGGUUUUGAAGGAUCUUCAGAGCAUCGAGUUUGGCAGAAUGAGGGGAGGAGAGCAGCAGAAUAUAUAAUGUGUGAGUACAGAAUACUAUUAGAGAGUGGUCUCCCUUCCCUACUAUAACAUGGAAUGUUGACUACGUAAUGGUAGAUUUAUGCUGUAUCCAAAGUGUGCCUGAGUUUGUAUGGCGCUAAAUAUGAAAACUGCAUGGAUUCACACUGAAAGUAGAAUUGUUAGACUAAAUAUCUUUAGUGAAUUCUACUUUGAGUGUUGAAUCGAAAAUAGUUGAAGUGUACUUCAAUACUAAGAAUUGGUAUGAAAACAAAUAUUAUGUUUACUUCAACAACUUCUUUGUCUAAUUUAUUCAAUUUGGCCAAACAAAUUGAAUGACAGUAGAAUAGAUUCAAAAUGAAUUUAUUUUUUAUACAUUUAUAGCAAAAGUUUGGAUACAUGACGUACAUGUGUUUUUUAUUGUACAAUGAAAGAAUUUGCGUGCAGUUGAUUAUGGAAUUUCAUGAUUGAUUCUCAUUGAUGUUGGUGCCCAUUGAUGGUAGGAUGUUCAUGUUAUCACUAAUAAUGAUGAAAUAUCACAUCAAUAAUUGUAAUGUAUGCAAUAAAAGCAUAUUUGAUUUCUACAACCUGAAUCACGCACAUAUAGAAAUAGAUAAUCUACAAAAUUUGAAUAACCAUUUUGUUACACAUGUUGUCUGGAUUGUUUUUCCUGCCAUAAUAUGCAAACUUUAUUGUGCAUGUAUCACUAUUAACUUGUCUUGAUACUAAAUGGAACGUAGAAACCUGCAUGCAUAUGUGUAUCAUGAGUUUGGUGUAAAAUGUGUUCUAUCUAUUUACUAAGUAAUUCUUUAUUUUAUCUUUUGGUUUGCUUUAAACGCAUUUUAAUUUUGCGCAUUUGUUCAGUUUAAAUACAUUUAUCGUAGGACUGCUAGAUGAAAUAUUUUCAGAUUUUCAGAAUACGUAUGGGUAAGGUUCUUUUUUUUGAAAUAAUCUGACGUAUAUCGUACGUAGCCUACAGAUGUUAUACGCUGUGUACUUGUAUACACAUCAUUUACCGGUAACUGCAUAUGCAUGAGCCUUUGAAGAUUUAAAAAACAAAUAACCUGAAUUCAGUUAAAGGAAAUACAUACAAAUUUUUAAUAAAAUAUUUUCAAACUCUAUAGAAAGACAGUAUCGCAAUUUAAAUAUUGGUAUGAAAUUUAUAAUUCUGAUUUAAUCAUGUAAAGCUUUUCCGACAUAAACAACCACCAACAUACCAUUUAGUGAUUAAUUGGGUUAUUUAGCAGUUUGCACAAGUCAUGUUUGCUGGCUGAUAUGGAGAUAUUUCAUGCCAAACAAGAUAGUUUGGUCUUCUCAACAAAUAAGUUGGUGCUAGGUUACUGACUUAAUGAUUUAGAAAAUUAAAAUAGCAAUUUCUUUGUUUGUUACUCAUGCCUUUUCAGAGAAUGACCUUUCUUUAAAUUUUCUGAAAGAGGACUUGUAUCUUUUCCAGAAAAGCGCCCUACCUAGAAGACUGUCUGGAUUUCUGAAGAAGUGAAGAUUUCCAGGCAUGAGUGAAGUGAUCAACUUUCCAUCUAGACAUCUACCUUUCCAUCUAGACAUCUGUCUGAACCUGGCACAAUCUGAGCCUAUUAAAUAUGGACUAAGCAUGAUUUUGAAGUGUUGGGUAUGAUGGCUUGAUAUGCAUUCAUGAGCAUGCAUCUUCAAUUAAACUACCUGCAACUGUAAUUAUUUGCUUCAUCAUAUUAUGCAUUAUAUUCAAGGUUUAGCAUAGGGCAUUAUCAAAUAAAGUAGGUCACUUGUGUAUACAGUCAACUCUGAUCCAGGAGUUGUUUCGAUAAACAUCUUAGCUGUAAAUGAGUUGUCAAUCUUUGUGUCAUAUUUUCAUUUUAUUUUGUUACAUAUUCCUGUGAAAGCCAGUAUUAAAAAUGAAUACAUAGUCGAGGAAAUGAUGUUGACAUUGAUGCCAUGUUUACAGGCUUAAGAUUAUUGAAUUUAUGACAAGAUCCUGUAACUAAAACAAGCCCCUGUAUUUUGCCUCCUGUUUCCAUUUUUAGCUUGACUAUUUAAAGAAUAAGGAGAGCUAUACUGCUCACCCAAGCAUCGGUGUCCGCGUCACACCUUGGUUAAGGUUUUGCGUGCAAGCACAAAUAGGUUAACUACUUGAGGUACUUGAGACUUUAUACAAUGGUACUCAACCAUCCAACCUACCUAAUUAACAAAGUUAGAUAACUCUAGUUUGCAUUUAAUGCAAAUAGUAGGCCUUUAUUUUUUUACUUAACAUUCUGGUUCAGGUUUUGCGUGCAAGCACACAUAGGUUAAUAUCUCAGCAACUACUCAAGGUAUUGCAUUGAGACUUGAAACAAUGGUAUUCAACCAUCCAACCUACUUAAUUAACCAAGUUAGAUAACUCUAGUUUGCAUGUAAUGCAAAAUAAUUGCCUUUUAUUAUUUGACUUAGAAAUUCUGGUUAAGGUUUUGCAUGUAACCAAGUCAACACCUCAGCGAAUACAUCAUGUAUUGCAUUGAAUCAUUACACACAGGCUCCCAAGCAUUUAACCUUCUUUUUUAAUCAAGUUAGAUAACCCUAUCUUUCAUAUUAUAUAAUUUUUGCCCCUUUAUUAUGCAACUUAGAAAUUCUGGUUAACGUCUUGCAUGUUAGCACACAUAGAAUAAUAUCUCAGCAACUACUUGAUGUAUUGCAUUGAGACUUUAUACAAUGGUAUUCAACAACCCAACCUAAUUGAAUAACCAAGUUCGAUAACUGUAUUUUGCAAAUAAUGGCCCUUUAUUAUAAGACUUAAAAAUUCUGGUUAAAAUUUUGCAUGUAUCCACAUUUAUGUUAAUAUCUCAGCACAUCAUGUAUUGCAUUGAAAUCUAAUCUAACAGUGUUCCAUGCAUGUUUUGCCAAAACUUUUCAAUCCUUACACUGAAAAGCGUUGGAAUAGUCAAGCACCCUGUCUCUGUGACAGCUCUUGUUGUCAGUGUUUUUAGAUUUUGGUUUCUGCAGUACAUGUAUUUGAAUUUGGUAGAAUAUUUAAUAACAGAAGAAAAAGAAUGUUGUUAACAAAAGCCUAGUGAUAUUACAACUCGUUGUUCUCAGAGAUGUAUAUAAACCUUUUUUUUAUUUGAAUCUGUUAUUGUUUUUGAAAACAAACACAAUCUGACAGCAAUUUUAUACAAAGUCUAUCACAUCAGCUUGAUAAUAUAACGUUUUAUGAAGUUUUUUCUCUUAAAUGAUUGUUAAGAUAUAUUACAUUUGUUUCAAUGUUGGUUGAUAAUGAUUAUUUUUGUUUGUUUUCACAUUUUGACUUAGAUAUUCCCAUGUGUCUCAAUGUGUGCUUUGUUUUGAAUUCUGGCACUGUUUUGCACCCGUAGUAUGUGAUGACCUCUCUGUCAUAUGCUGUGGGUUUGUAAACACAGUUAACAUUUAGUUUUGUGUUUACCAUGUUGUUUUUGGUUGUUAAUCUGUUUUAGAGUUUUGGCGUCAAGUGUUAUGUAGCAAAGUAAAUCAAUGAUGUUCUUGUUGAAUACUAUCUAUCAGCUUAAUGUAAUUCUGUGAUAAUAGUUUGUCUCUUAGUCAUAGCUGUUCGUUAUAACAGAGAUGUAGCCAUAACUAAUAUUAUGCUAACCUGGAUGUAAAUAGUAUUACAUG